AGAAAUAGCCCGACACCGACAGGCGUUUCGAAAAUAGACAAGACCGCUUUGACCCCCUUCCUCCCCCUAUCUCCUCUCUUCUUGUCCCCCCUAAUGUUCAUCUCUCUCUCUAUCUCUCUCAUGAACGGUUACCGAGGUGGACCUCGCGCUAGUUCUGUGAGUCCGCAUCAAGUUUUUGACCUGGAAUAAAGACGCGCCGUCGCAAACUUGACAGAAGCGCAACGUGCGUACACACAACCAGUUAACCGACUCGGGAAAGGAGAAGAGGAGAUUUAAAGACACAUUCUGGGUUUAUUCCCCAACACACUGAGCAAUGAGUCGCAGCAUUGUGCGCCAGAGUAAGUUCCGGCAUGUUUUCGGCCAGGGGGCAAAGGCGGAGCAGGGUUAUGAUGAUAUUCGGGUCUCCAAAGUGACGUGGGACAGCUCCUUCUGCGCAGUUAACCCAAAGUUUCUGGCAGUUAUAGUGGAGUCCAGUGGUGGUGGGGCUUUUUUGGUACUUCCUCUUUCAAAUGCAGGCAGAGUGGACAAAAAUUACCCCCUAGUGGUUGGACACUCAGGUCCUGUUCUGGACAUCGACUGGUGUCCUCACAAUGACAACAUUCUGGCCAGCUGCUCUGAAGACACAACCGCCAUGGUUUGGCAGAUCCCCGACCACACCCCCUGUCGUCCCAUCAGUGAGCCCAUCGUGGUGCUGGAGGGUCACUCUAAGCGGGUGGGCAUCAUUAAAUGGCACCCGACUGCCCGCAACAUACUACUCACUGCAGGCAGUGAUAAUCUGAUCAUCAUCUGGAAUGUGGGCACCGGAGAAUCUCUGAUCACUAUGGACGAGCAUCCUGACCUCAUCUACAACGUCAGCUGGAACUACAACGGCAGCCUCUUCUGCACCUCCUGCAAAGACCGUCGCAUCCGAGUGUGUGACCCUCGCAAAAAUGAAGUGUUGGCGGAGAGACUGGCCCCACAUGAGGGCAUCCGGCCAAUGAGAGCCAUUUUUACCAGAGAGGGCAAUAUUUUCACUACAGGUUUCACCAGGAUGAGCCAGAGGGAACUGGGCCUGUGGGAUCCGACUCAUUUUGAAGAGCCUAUUGCAUUAUUGGAGUUGGACACAAGUAAUGGAGUUUUAUUGCCUUUUUAUGACCCAGACACCAACAUUGUGUAUCUCAGCGGCAAGGGUGACAGCAGCAUUCGGUAUUUCGAGAUCACAGAUGAACCUCCUUAUGUUCAUUACAUCAGCACAUACAGUAGCAAAGAGCCACAGAGAGGAAUGGGCUUCAUGCCAAAGAGAGGAGUCGAUGUCACCAAGUGUGAGAUCGCCCGAUUAUAUAAACUUCAUGAAAGAAAAUGUGAGCCUAUCAUGAUGACAGUACCCAGAAAGUCGGACCUGUUUCAGGAUGAUCUGUACCCAGACACAGCAGGUCCAGAGCCAGCGCUGGAGCCUGAGGAAUGGCUGGAGGGACGAGAUGCAGACCCGCUACUGGUGUCUAUGAGAGAAGGUUAUGUUCCUCCAAAGAGCAGAGAACUGAAGGUGGCCAAGAAAAACGUGCUGGACAGCAGGCCUGCAACACGCAGAAGCAUGUCUGUUGUAGAUGGAAGCAGUUUGCCACCUCAGUUGUUGGAGAAGCUUGUUGAAGAAAUCCAAAGUCUGAAGGCCACAGUUCUCUCUCAGGAGAAGCGAAUCUGUGAUUUAGAGAAUAAGCUGUCCAAGUACACUAAUGGCACAGUCUGACUGCAUCAUGAAAGCUAACUUCAUUAAAGCGAGCCUGUGCACACUGCUUACCCCUCACAACUAAAGGAAGAGCACUGAUAGGCCAAGCCACUCCCAUUCACCCCAGCUAUCAUUCAGUAUUGUCAUGGGUUUACAUUAUAACUCCAGGUCAACUGGCAGCAUCGACACCUUAACACCAAUAAAAAUCACUUCUAGUUUAUUCUUGCACACAU